UUUUUUGGUUUCAAUUACGGUAAACUCUUUGGAUUAUAGCCAAGUUCUCUGCGAGUUCAAAAGUACAAAGCUCUUUAGGAGGAUUGGUCUUUUUAAAUAUUUUUUCAGAGGUUAAAAAUUAAGUUUGAAAAAACUAUCCAGAGCAGAGAAGCGUUCACAGUAGAUUGAGACCCUGAAUGUCUCCAACAUGAAGCUUGCUCAGGUUAUUCUGUUACUUUCGUGCGUCUACUUAAGUUUGUGCAUGGAUGAAGACCAAAAACCACUACAAUGGGAAGGGAUAAAGAAACCAGAGGUAACUUUGACAUCAGAAACAUCUCAAGAGGAUCUGGUGGACCAAAAGUGCUUAACUGAAAAACACACACAUCUCUCCUGCCAUAAAGUCUUCUGCCAACCAUGGCAGAGAUGCAUCGAAGGAAAAUGCAUCUGUAAACUCCCUUAUCAUUGCCCAAAGAAUGGUACCACGGUGUGUUCCACUAAUGGGAAAAGCUUCCCCACUUAUUGUCAGCUAAAGAGUUUCGAAUGUCUUCGUCCAGAGGCAAAGUUUUUAAAUAGUGGAGCAUGUACAGCUACAGGGCAAUUUAAUAUUUCCUUGAAGUACGGCAGUAGAGAUUCAGAGGGAAUUGUUGAAGUAAAACUCGUAGACCAAGAUAAGAAAAUGUUCGUAUGUAAUAACAGCUGGGGCAUAACGCAGGCCAAUGUGGCCUGCCUCAACCUUGGAUUUCAACAAGGAGCCCUUGAUACUCAAGGAAGCUUUCAUCUUCCUGAAGAUCUCCAUAUAAAUUCCACUGAAUGUCUGCAAGUGCACUGUCGAGGAUUCGAGUCCAGUUUGGCGGAAUGUACCUUUACUAAGAAAAAAAUCAAAAGUCACCAGGGCUUAGCGGGUGUGGUGUGUUACACACAGGAUGCAGUUUCUCCAACAAGUGACUCCUUUCAGUGUGUGAAUGGGAAACUCAUUCCUAAGAAGAAGACCUGUAAUGGUGUCAAUGACUGUGGAGACCAAAGUGAUGAGCUGUGCUGUAAAGGGUGCCAAGGCAGAAGUUUCCUUUGUAAAUCGGGUGUUUGUAUCCUAAACAAGCACAAGUGCAACGGUGAGGUGGACUGCAUCACAGGCGAAGAUGAAGUUGGUUGUGAAGGAGCUUACCGUCCUAAACUUAAAGGCUUACGUGGAGCUCAAGAAAGUACAGAAAAUCGGACUGCUAAUAUGGAUGCAGAAAGAAAACGGAUAAAAUCAUUGUUCCCUCAACUAGCCUGUGGAGUCAAAAACAAGGUGCCCAGUCGAAGGAAGCGAGUCAUAGGAGGAAAGGCAGCACAAGUGGGAGACUUCCCAUGGCAGGUGGCAAUUAGGGAAGAUGAGAAAUUCAGCUGUGGAGGAAUUUAUAUUGGUGGCUGUUGGGUCCUGACUGCUGCACAUUGUGUCAGAGUCAGUAAAAUUCACCGUUACCAAAUAUGGAUAUCAUUAAUAGACUGGAUAAACCCUAACUCUGAGAUAAAGGUUCAUACGGCCAAUAGAAUUAUUAUCCACGAAAACUACAAUGGAGGCAACUUCCAAAAUGACAUAGCUUUGAUUGAAUUGAAAAAACUCAAAACCCAAACAAAUUGUGUGCUGCCUACUACUGUUCCUGCCUGUGUCCCCUGGUCUCCAUAUUUAUUCCACCCUGGUGAUAAAUGCAUCGUUUCUGGCUUGGGUCGAGAAAGAGAUAACCAGAAAGCCUUUUCACUUAAAUGGGGUGAAGUUCACCUAAUAGGUAACUGCUCUAAGUUUUACCCAGGGCGGUUCUUUGAGAAAGAAAUGGAGUGUGCAGGUACAAGUGACGGUUCCAUCGAUGCCUGUAAAGGGGACUCUGGAGGCCCCUUAGUCUGUCAAGAUGUCAAAAACGUGACUUAUAUUUGGGGUAUUGUGAGUUGGGGUGAGAACUGUGGAAAACCAGAUUCUCCAGGUGUUUACACCAAAGUGGCCAAUUAUUUUGACUGGAUUAGCCAACAUGUGGGAAGGUCUCUUAUUUCUCAGUACAAUGUAUAAAACUGGGAUAUAAAACUGUGAUCUCUCUUCUUUCUACUCUUUGCCUCUCAGGAGUUCCAUUUUAAUUGAAAUGAUGCUGCAUAAUUAGUACUUCUCUGGGGGGGAGAGGGAAAGCAAAUUUUAUUGGAUAUUUUUAAAGGUCUCUACAAAGUUUAUGCCAUAUUGGAAUUUUACUGUAUAAUUCUCAAAUAAAUAUUUUAUUCCAGCAUG